AUGGCUUCACCGGCGAGCAGGAACCAAAAGUCCAAGAAAUCCAAGUCCAAUCAUUCUCUAAAGGAGCUCAAAGCCUUUGGGCAGCAGUUGAUCUCUUCCAGAAACCACGUCAACAACCUUCCCAUCCUCCUCAACUUCAUCUCCCCUGAAUUCCCUCCUCAAUACGUAUCAGAUGAAAAUCCCCAAAACCCGAUUUUAAUCACAACGGCUACUUGCAGGCCUAGCUGGUCCGACAUCGUUUCAGGAAGGGCGAGUGUAUUGAAGCCAAUGACGUCGUCUCGGGACAAAGGGAAGCAGAAGGUCGAUACGCCGUCGUUGUGA